AUGAAGCAAUUACCUAAAGGCGAUAUACCCAUAAAUCCACUUACAGACUAAUCAAUCGAUGAAAUACAUUAUCCCUUAUACACCAACCAGAACCUAAUGGAAACAGUUCAAUCUCAAUCAUCCUUCAAACCUUAGCUAUAUAAGAAUCAAAAUCUAUAUGAAGAAUUUAUACGCAAAACUGAAACAGGUAAGCCAGAACAAAAACAUCUCAAAUGGAGAACAAAUAUCCAUUUAAGAUUAAAUGAGGAAUACAAUGAACUGUAACAAAAGAAAGAAUAAUUAAAAGAGAAUUACUAAUAGUUAGAAUUAUAAUAGUGCUCUUUCCAACCCUCAAUUAGUAGUAAGAGUAAGUAAAUUGGAUCAUAUUUUGGCUCUUCUCCUAGGUACAUGUCACCAAAAUCCUUAUAAACUUAGACAUUACAUCCUUAAAAUAAAGAAUUAAAACCUUCAAGCAGAAAAAGUAAUAAAGAGAACAAUCCCUCUAAUGUUUGGGAGAGACUCUCAAAAUAGAAAGGACUCAGUUAAGCACCUCAAUUCUUAUAAGUAUAACCUCAAUCUACAAGAACAUCUUAAAGACAUACCCCUGAAAGAGUGGAAGCCAUUAGCAAUAGGCUAUAUGAAGAAGCUUUCUAACCUAAAAAGUUUAAAUUUAAUUAUUAGGAAACUCUUAUAUUGUCACCUAAGACUGUUACUUAAACUUAGAGAUCAGAAAAACAUUUGGUUAGACAUUUUGUUAAACUAUUUUAUGAAAGCAUUACAAAUGCUAGGAUAUGGACUUUGAAUCAUUUAGAUGAGAACUUAAAUAAAAUUGACUUUUAGUUUGAAAUAGAAAAUGAUCUUUGUUUAUUGACCAUAGAUGAAUUGGCAAUAACUUUAGAUCACCUUGGAUUUGCACCAUAUUAAACAUAUGAUCACACUAAUCAAGAUAACGUUGUUUUCAAAAUAUUCAGAUUAUUAUAAUGUCCAUAUGAAUUAGACCUCAUAUUAUCGAGAAAUUUAUUAACAUUUUUGCUCGCUAUGCAAGGAUUUCAAGUAGAUUUCUAAUUACUACCCAAAUAUAAUAAUAAUUACAAUAUUUAAUUUCCUAAAUAUUGUAAAAAUGAUUUAGUCGAGUUCGAAGAUGGCAAUGUGAUAAUUUAGAAUUAAGAAUCAAUUUCGAAGUAGUUUAAUCAAUUAUAUUUAAAUUAUUUAGCUUAUAAAAAACAUAAUAAAAAAAUCUAAGAAUAAGAAUCUAAUUAAUUACAACUUAAAUCUAAUUCAUAAACUACUGAACUAGCCAAUAAAUAUAGAUAAAGAGUAUAAUCGUAAAUAACAGAAACUAAGCCAAUUAAUUUAAAUGACUAUGAUCAUUAUUAUUAAAAGAAGAAAGAGUAAUUGAAAUAGGAAAUUGAUACUAAUAUCAAACAACAAUGCCCUUUUACACCAAAAAUAAACUCAACUUAAACUAGUCCCAGAUAUCAUUUGAAUACAAAGAAAGUGCUCUCUCCAAAAUAAGAAGAAACUCCUACUUUCUAACCUACCCUUAAUAAAUCUUAACUGUCAUAUAUGAAUGAUUAAGUUCCAUUGCCAGAACAAAGAGAAGCCAUAAAACGAAUGGUAAAGGGGAGAGUAGAAAAACAGUUAAAUCAAAUCAUUAUUUCUUAAGGAACUUGCUAUUAGAAAAAAAGAAAGAAUAUUGAAUAAUAACUUUAUUAAGAAGAGAUAAACAAAUUAAUUUAAUUACCAAUUAUGUAUAUUAAUAUUGCUCUUGAAAAUAAUACAACAAAAAAAAUAGCAAUUUAUUAAGGAGAUCAACCAAGAAAAUUGGCAGAGAAGUUUGUGAAAGACAAUAGAUUAGAUCCUAAUUUGAUUGAUUAAGUAACACUUCUUCUUGAAGAGUAGUUGCUUAUCUGA